CGUCUGGUGGCAGUGGCCAUGGCGCGAGGUGGUGGCUCAGCCUCCUUCCCCGCCGGCUUCCAGCUGCUGGGCGCCCUGCUGGUGCUGCUGUGCUGCGCCGACAGCCUUGGGGCGGAGGCUCCGAGCGAUCUGCCUGCCAACGCCAGCGAGGAGUGCACCGGCUCCUACAUCUGCAAGAAGGGGGUGAUCCUCCCCAUCUGGGAGCCCCAGGACCCCUCCUUCGGGGACAAAAUCGCCAGGGCCACGGUGUACUUCGUGGCCAUGGUGUACAUGUUCCUGGGCGUCUCCAUCAUUGCCGACCGCUUCAUGUCCUCCAUCGAGGUCAUCACCUCCCAGGAGCGGGAAAUAACCAUCAAGAAGCCCAACGGUGAGACCAGCAAGACCACGGUGAGGAUCUGGAAUGAGACCGUUUCCAACCUCACGCUGAUGGCCCUGGGCUCCUCUGCCCCGGAGAUCCUCCUGUCCGUCAUCGAGGUGUGCGGCCACGGCUUCACGGCCGGGGACCUGGGGCCCAGCACCAUCGUGGGCAGUGCCGCCUUCAACAUGUUCGUCAUCAUCGCCAUCUGUGUCUAUGUGGUGCCGGAUGGGGAGAUCAGGAAGAUCAAACACCUGAGGGUCUUCUUCGUCACGGCGGCCUGGAGCAUCUUCGCCUACACCUGGCUGUACAUCAUCCUCUCCGUGUCCUCCCCGGGGGUGGUGGAGGUGUGGGAGGGGCUGCUGACCUUCUUCUUCUUCCCCAUCUGCGUGGUGUUCGCCUGGAUCGCCGACAGGAGGCUCCUCUUCUACAAGUACGUCUACAAGAAGUACCGGGCGGGCAAGCAGCGGGGCAUGAUCAUCGAGCACGAGGGUGACCGGCCCUCCUCCAAGGCUGACAUCGAGAUGGACGGCAAGGUCGCCAACUCCCACGUGGAGAAUUUCUUGGAUGGCACCCUGGUGCUGGAGGUGGACGAGAAAGACCAGGACGACGAGGAAGCCAGGAGAGAGAUGGCCCGGAUCCUGAAGGAGCUGAAGCAGAAGCACCCUGAGAAGGAAGUGGAGCAGCUGAUAGAGCUGGCCAACUACCAGGUGCUGAGCCAGCAGCAGAAGAGCAGAGCCUUCUACCGCAUCCAGGCCACCAGGCUCAUGACCGGGGCCGGCAACAUCCUGAAGCGGCACGCGGCCGACCAGGCACGGAAAGCCGUCAGCAUGCAGGAGGUGAACGGCGAGGCGGCUGAGAACGACCCCGUCAGCAAGCUCUGCUUCGAGCAGGCCACCUACCAGUGCCUGGAGAACUGUGGCACUGUGGCGCUGACCAUCGUGCGGCGGGGAGGAGACCUGACCAAGACGGUCUGCGUCGACUUCCGGACGGAGGACGGCACGGCCAACGCCGGCUCCGACUACGAGUUCACCGAAGGGACCGUGGUCUUCAAGCCGGGCGAGACGCAGAAGGAGAUCCGCGUGGGCAUCAUCGACGACGACAUCUUCGAGGAGGAUGAGAACUUCCUGGUCCACCUCAGCAACGUCCGCCCGGGCGCCGAGGCCUCCUGCGAGGGCGUCCCAGAGGCCGGCCCGGGUGCUGGGGGCCUCCUCGCCUGCCUGGGCUCGCCCUCCACGGCCACCGUAACCAUCUUCGACGACGACCACGCCGGCAUCUUCACCUUUGAGGAGCCGGUGACCCACGUCAGCGAGAGCGUGGGCACCAUGGAGGUGAAGGUGCUGCGCACCUCUGGCGCCCGGGGCAACGUCAUCGUGCCCUACAAGACCAUCGAGGGCUCAGCCAAAGGUGGAGGAGAGGACUUUGAGGACACCUGCGGGGAGCUGGAGUUCCAGAACGACGAGAUCGUCAAAACGAUAUCAAUCAAGGUGAUAGAUGAUGAGGAGUAUGAGAAAAACAAGACCUUCUACCUAGAGAUCGGGGAGCCCCGGCUGGUGGAGAUGAGUGAGAAGAAAGCCCUGUUGUUGAAUGAGCUUGGUGGCUUCACCAUUACAGGGAAACUCUGGAAGGGCAAACCUGUCUACAGGAAGCUCCAGGCUAGAGAUCAUCCUCUUCCUUGCUCCGUGGUCACCAUCCCAGAAGAGAAUGAAGAGAAGCAACCACUGACCAGCAAGGAGGAGGAGGAGCGUCGGAUCGCGGAGAUGGGGCGGCCGGUCCUGGGAGAGCACACCAAGCUGGAGGUCAUCAUCGAGGAGUCCUAUGAAUUCAAGAACACAGUGGACAAGCUCAUUAAGAAGACCAACCUGGCCCUGGUGGUUGGCACAAACAGCUGGAGAGAGCAGUUCAUUGAGGCCAUCACAGUCAGCGCAGGAGAAGACGACGACGACGAUGAAUGUGGGGAGGAGAAGCUGCCCUCCUGCUUCGACUACGUGAUGCACUUCCUGACCGUCUUCUGGAAGGUCCUUUUCGCCUUCGUGCCCCCCACAGACUACUGGAACGGUUGGGCUUGCUUCGUGGUCUCCAUCCUGAUGAUUGGCCUCCUGACAGCCUUCAUUGGCGACCUGGCCUCCCACUUCGGCUGCACCAUUGGCCUGAAGGACUCGGUCACUGCCGUCGUCUUCGUCGCCCUGGGCACCUCCGUGCCAGACACUUUUGCCAGCAAGGUGGCAGCAACGCAGGACCAGUACGCGGACGCCUCCAUCGGGAACGUCACCGGCAGCAACGCGGUGAACGUCUUCCUGGGCAUCGGGGUGGCCUGGUCGAUCGCCGCCAUCUACCACGCCGCCCACGGACAAGCCUUCCAAGUGUCCCCAGGGACCCUGGCCUUCUCCGUCACCCUCUUCACCAUUUUUGCUUUCAUCAGCGUGGGCGUCCUGCUCUACCGGCGGAGACCCGAGAUCGGAGGUGAGCUGGGCGGGCCGCGGACUUCCAAGCUGCUCACCUCCUCCCUCUUUAUCCUCCUCUGGUUGCUGUACAUAUUCUUCUCAUCUCUGGAAGCCUACUGCCACAUAAAGGGCUUCUAA